GGCGGAUCGCCAAACAGCAGGACGGUCUCUGGAAGGCGCCCCGGUACGGUGUAGUUCGCUUCGCACUACAUCAGGUCAUGGGCUUGCAGCUGUCAACAGUCAACUUGUCGAUUCCGUUUCUAGAACUUUUCGUGCAGACUACAGUGCGCGAUGGUCUACCGGGGGAAGCCCAGCACAGCCUGCGAUCGCUGCCGCGGACGACGCUUGAAGUGCGACCGAGUAAGGCCCUCGUGCUCUCAAUGCAUCCGGGCCCAGGUGGACUGUCCGGGCUAUCGAGACACGGCGGAACUGAGCUUCCGGGAUCAGAGCGAGGAGGUGAUCCGUAAGGCCCAGGCGAAGCAUCGGGCCCGCAGGUCGCCAGGGACAGAGACAAUCAAUCAGCAGCUGGACAGAAAGGCGAUCUCUCUAGAUGUUGUAUUGUCAUCACCACCCGAGGAGCUGGCAAAGGGUUAUUUCUUCACCCAUUUUGGCGGCGGUCAUAUGCCAUACCUCUUGGACUUGACCCGGAACCAGGACAACGCGCCGAUCAAUGCAGCCCUGACAGCGGCUGGGCUGGCGGCAUUGUCCAAUCUCCGUAUGUCGCCACAGUUGAUGCUGAACGCACGACGGCAUUACACUGUUGCCUUGUCGCGGACCAACCAUGCCCUCCAGGAUACCGUCUUGGCCCGGAGGGAUGAAACCCUGGCGGCAGUGGUGUUGCUGGGCAUGUUCGAAAUAAUAACUUGCAGCGACGGCUCCUUUGCCGACCGCUGGGUGAAGCAUAUGGAUGGUGCAGCACAGCUGAUCGAGCUCCGAGGUCUGCAGCAAGUAGAAAGGUCAGCAGGGUUGCAUCUAUUUACCCAGUUGCGAGCACAAAUUGUACUGAGUCGAAUCUACCAGGAGCGGUAUUGCUCGCCGAUUCUAGCCCAACUGACCGAAGAGGCCCCCAAAUACCGGGACCCCAACUAUCGAACGAUUGACCGACUCGGAAUCCUUGUCAUCAAGCUCAGCACCCUCUGCGCAGCCGUAAAAGAUGGAACGAUCCAGCAGCCCACCGACAUCAUCCGCCGAUCUCUCAGCCUUGAUGCGGACUUCAUGUCAACCCUUCUGGCCAUCCCCCCCACAUGGGCUUACAGCACCGUCGAGGUCCCCCAUUCCGAAGGCGGAAGUCGCAUGCACUCCGUAUGGGGAACCCGCUUCCACAUAUACCGCAACUUGACAAUAAGCAGCGCUUGGAACAACUACCGUUCUGCCCGGCUUGUCAUCCAUGAACUGAUAAUCACCGCAGCCAAAAGUCUCCAGCACUCGUCGAACAUGAAUACUCGAAAUGAGCAGGAAAGCCUGAUUCUCCAAAGUGAACGGACUUGCCAUCAGAUCGUGGAGGAUAUAUGCGCCAGUGUUCCAUUCCAUCUUGGCGCCACGGCAGGGGAUGCGGAUGCGUGCGGCGGGAUUGCUGCUUCCCCGACGGGCGCCGGCGGGAUCACUGUUGUGUGGCCGUUAUUAAUUGCUGCAAAUUCCGGGUUCGCGUCCCCUACGCUCCGGAAUUGGGUCACGGACUGCUUGGAUAAGAUUGGACACUCCCUGGGGAUUAACCAGGCGCUGGCUGUCGCGCAGCUGUUGCGGAAUGGGAUGAGGACCAGAUCGUUUGCAUCUGUAGAUUCCUCGGAAGAUCUGUAUCAGUGCUAUAGGGACUACUAGUGUAGGCCUUGGUGAUGAGGAUUCAAUACCGGAAAGGUAUUGGUGGACAGGCUGUCUAAACGUGUGGGUAUUGGCUUGUCGGACACCUUUUCAUUCUAGGCUCGUGGCUUCAAAGUAUCUCACAUCGGUUCAUUAGGCGCGUGUGUUGAUAUAUACAGUAAAUUU